AUGGGUUUAUUCAAAGAGGAUCAAAAUAUAGAUGUUGAGGAUCUAUAUCUGAUGUGGAUAGCACAAGGCAUGAUUUCAUAUGAGAAUAUUCGAGACAAGGACACAACUUUGAUGGAAGUCGCGGCGCUCUACUUGGGAAGAAAGUUACCGAAAGGAAUCACUAAUCUUGUUCACCUUAGACGUUUGGCUUUACGAAGAUGUCAAUUUGAUAAGCUACCAUCGUCCAUAAGGAAUUUGGUAUACAUGGAUACCCUUGAUUUAUGUGGUUCGAUGAAUGUUGGAGUUCCAAAUGUUUUUAAGGAGAUGCUUCGUAUAAAACACUUGUCUUUUCCUUAUUAUGACAAGGAAAAAAUUGGAAAUUUUCGAGUAAGAUUGGACGUGGGGGUAGCUGAGUUGGAGAGUUUGAUCGAGUUCAAUAGUAAAGUGCAUGAAUCAAAAUGUGUGGACAGAAUGAAGAAUCUGCGACAUUUUGAAGCACACAUAUACGACAAUGAAAGCUUGUCAGCCAUAAUAGACGCCAUUGUUAUCAUGGACAAGUUAGUGUUUUGUUGGGUUGAAAUUAGUAUGGGUUGCGAGUUAGGAACAAAUGAGAGAGUAUUGGAGAAGGCAUUCACUUGUCCCAAUCUUCAUGAGUUGUGGAUUAAUGUUAAGUUAGGGAAGGCGCUGCCAGAGUGCGGGAGUGACUUCAUGAUAGCAAUUUUACUUGAAAAAAUCUUACUCGAAAUAUAA